AUGAUGAAAUCAUCCUCCUCGUCCCUCGGAACCUCUUCCUGCCGUUUUGCCCGCACUCUGCAGGGCUUCCGCGGAGAUCUUGAUGAUACCACGGAACAUGAGGUCGAUGGCUACGACCAAGAGGCGCUGGACCAUUUCUGGAAGCACUUGACUUCCGUCGAUGUCGAUGAUUACGCCGAAUAUCUUCAUAAAGUCUCGCAGCAGCAACCAAGCCGCGAUGAGAGUGUCCGCUCUCUCUUGUCGCAGUACUGGUGGGACUCUCGAAAGGGCCUUUCGACAUCAGUUCAGUCGCUCUUGUCGUCCAUGGGUGAAUUUGUUGGCUCGGAACACGAUGAUGAAGACAUGAUGGCACCUCUUGCAAUGGAGGAAGCGCGUGAUGCCGCCAUUGAUGCCAUCUUUGAUCGCCUCGAUUUGGACGGAGACGGAUUGUUGGAUCGUCAAGAUCUGCAAGCCUUGCUCAUGGAUGCCGCCACCAAAAUUAACCUCACGAUCGAACCAGCCGUCAUUGAUGCGGCCAUUGAUGCUCUUAUUGAAGACGCUGGGAGCGACGAAGCCAUGUUCUCGAUGGAAGAAAGCUAUACCAUCGGUGACUACAACUCGCGUCGUGGGAACAGCAGUCUAGCGUGCUUGGAUCCUCUCGACUCGAUCAACAAGGCCCAGUUUAGCAACAUUUUCAAGCGACAUCCUGACAUGCUCACCGUGUUCCAAGAUCCAGCUGAUCAGCAGCACGGUGCUGCUUUGUCCGACAAAAAAGCACUUCGUCCAUUGGGCGAUACUGACUUGAAAACGGAACACGAGGAGAACGAACAAGUUUGGCAAACUCGCUGGAAGAACUGGAACGUCAACAUGUUUUGGCUUGCCUUGUACGUUGCUGCUAACGCCAUUGCCUUUACCACCAAGGCUGUCAAGUAUGCCAAUCAUGAUGAAGCGCAGGCUGUCUUUGGACAGUGCAUUGUGGCAGCUCGUGGUGCUGCCCAGUGCUUGAACCUAAACUGUGCUCUUAUCUUGCUGCCCAUGUGUCGCCAUUUCUUGACCCGUCUUCGAGGGACCAGCGCCCGCUUCUACUUCCCCUUUGAUUCCGCUUUGGAUGUUCACAAGCUCCUCGGUGCCGCCAUUCUCUGGUGGACUUUGGUCCAUGUGGGUGCCCAUUUAUGCGACUUUCAUCGGUUGGCUCAUGCCGACGAGGAUGCCCUCUUUGAAUUGGUGGGGGACAAGUUGGGGGACCACAUUCCAUCGAGUCCAGCGGGACGCUGGAAUCUGGCUCUCUUUCACACUCGAGCUGGUGUCACGGGGAUCAUCAUGGUACUGUGCAUGAUUAUUGCCUACCCGUUGAUCCAUUUCCGACGACAGCACUUCAACGCCUUUUGGACCUCGCAUCACUUGCUUCUCGUCAUGCUGAUUGCUUUGUGCAUUCAUGGAACGGGAGGUCUCCUCGAAAACUACCAGUCUGUCUUUUGGCUCAUGAUCCCGCUUGCACUGUACUUCACUCCACGCUUUGUUCGAGAGACUCCUUUGAGUAGAACGGGCGUGAUUUCCGCGAAGAUUAAGAAUGGCGAUGUGCUCUGUCUCAGGCUUGGCAAGCCAAGACACUGGGACUCUGUCUUGCAAUCUGGAAUGUACGCUUUUAUCCACGUCCCUGCCAUCUCUCAGUUUGAAUGGCACCCCUUUACUCUUACGAGCAGCAGCAACGAUCCGUUUAUCGAGUUUCACAUUCGCAGUGCUGGUGACUGGACGGGAAAGCUCCAUGAGUACAUCAAGAGUCUAAACUCUCGGAGCGGAAACAAUGGGACUGCAUGUGAGUUGGGAGCGUCGUGCUCUGCCUCUCACAGCAUGUCAUUUUCGGACGAAAGCACCACGACAAGGAUUGAAGACAGCUUGCACGCUCAGCAGUCUGAUGAGGAAUGUGCCACCAAUUGGGUGAGCGAUGAGGAGGGGCAACUCAUGGCCAGCAAGAAACACACUCAUCGUAGUGUUCGUCAAUCGCGGGCCAUCCGCGAUAUCGUCGUCAAGGUUGAAGGUCCAAUUGGGGCAUCAUCGCAGGGCUUCAAGGAUUUUCCCAUCAUCGUUUUGGUCGGAGCAGGCAUUGGUGUGACACCAUUGAUUUCUGUCUUGAAAGAUCUGCUUCACAACCCUGGAAAUAUGCAGCGUGUCUUCUUCUACUGGACGGUUCGCGACAGGGCGGCCUUUGAGUGGUUCUCAGGCAUCAUGGAUAAGGUGUACAAGUCUGACCAGAAGCAUGUGUUGCAGGUGCGACACUUUUUGACCUCUGUCAAGGAUGACAAUCGUGAUGUUGGGGCAGUCUUGCUGCACCAUGCGACAAGAGCCAAGCACCAGACGGAUGGCUUUGACUUGCUUCUUGGGCAACAGACGCACCAUCAGGUUGAGGUUGGCAGGCCCACGUGGAAAGAUGAAUUACAGAGUGUCAAACGAGAAGCCAAGGCACUUGGCCAUAACUCUUGUGGCAUCUUCCUUUGCGGACCUGAGCGCAUGGCACAGUCCAUUGCAGAUGUCAGCCGAUCUCUCUCAAGAAAGGACCCCGAUUUCCACUACUAUUUCAACAAGGAGACAUUCUAA